AUGCAGCUCGUCCGCUGGCUGUACCUCUCCGGGCUGGUGUUUGCCGUGCUGAUCCCAGCAGGGUGGCAGAUGGGCCCCAAGGACUUGGAGGACACGUCCAGGCGGCAGUCAGACGAGUCGCAAAGCGCCCGAAACUUCGCCUCCAACACCAAGCGACACUCGGAAGGCACCUUCACCAGCGACUUCACCCGCUACCUGGACAAGAUGAAGGCCAAGGACUUUGUCCACUGGCUCAUCAACACCAAGCGGUUCAGCUCCACCAAGAGGUCCCUGCAGGAGGAGCCCCGCAGCAUCCCCUUCCCGCCCGCGCUCCCACCGCCGGCGUAA